CCGCUGGAGACGGUGGAGAAGGACGUGGCCGGUUGUAAGAACCGAAAGUACCACAACUCGGCGUACAAGAUCCACCGAACGGGCAAGCCGGCGCUCUACUUGGCGGCCGAGUGCGCCACCCCGCUGCACACGCUGCACAACGUGCUGCAGAAGCCCGUCCUUUACGACAAACUGGUUAGAGCGGACGUGGAACGGAUAGUGGGCGAAUUCUGCGAGACGCUGAGCACCGUCAUAGCUAAGAGCCCGGAGUGCAGGGGCAAGUGCCAGCUGGUCUACUUCGAUGACACCGACCCCGCGCAGAACCUCGCCGACAUACUCCUGGACCAGAUCCGAAUAUUGGAGCCCCACUUCGAAAACAUCGGGAACAAC